CCGGCCCUUCACACGCCCAUACACAACGGUGUCCGACACUCAAAUGCGCCACUUUCUAUCCCUUGCCUACACUGAUUGAUGAGUCGGCCAGAUACAACAAAGAAUGUCCCAGCUCACCAGCCCCAGCCGCGAGGAUCGGGGAUCGGCCGAGGUCGACCUUUCGAGCAGUUCCGUUGCGGGCACCUCGGACGUCGAGACCUCUAUUAACGAGGGGCCGACGCAGGCGCAGAACGGGAGCCGAGACGAGAAGAAGGCAAAGAAGAAGAAGAAGAGAUCGAGGACGAAGGCCGAUGGAGUGCCAAAGGUCAACGGAUACUCGGCUUCGCCGAAGAGGAGAGACAGCCUUAGCAAGGCCGCCAGAGAUCCUCGCGAUGAGGCACCGCAUAAGAAGAAGAGAAAACCCAAACCCGAAAGUACGGAAACAGAAACGCGAUCUCCCAGCCCGGUGAUUGAUUUCGAUGGGCUGAGCAGGCCAAGCCGCGGAACUCGAGAGCGACUCGAUGAGAGUCCGGAACAGGCUGCUGAACGGCUCAAGAAAUUGCAGGGAGCCGUUCGGACGAUCCUCGAGUGCGUUGGCGAGGAUCCCGAUAGAGAAGGCGUUCUGGCCACCCCGAGGCGAUAUGCGGACGCGAUGCUGUACUUCACCAAGGGAUACCAGCAAAACGUCCGAGACAUUGUGAACAACGCCAUCUUUCACGAGAACCACAAUGAGUUGGUUAUCGUCAAGGAUAUUGAAAUAUUCAGUCUUUGCGAACAUCACCUUGUUCCGUUCUUUGGCAAGAUGCAUAUCGGUUAUAUCCCAAACAAUAAUGUCAUUGGUAUAUCCAAACUCCCACGGAUCGCCGAAAUGUUUAGCCGUCGGCUGCAAGUCCAGGAGCGAUUAACGAGAGAAGUUGCCAACGCCAUCAUGGAGGUGCUGAAGCCUCAAGGAGUCGCCGUCGUUAUGGAGUCAAGCCACCUCUGCAUGGUGAUGAGAGGCAUCCAAAAGACAACCACUAGCACGAUCACCAGUUGCGUGCUUGGUUGCUUCGACAGAAAGGAGAAGACCAGAAAUGAAUUCCUGAGUCUCAUUGGGCUGAACAGGUCGUAAAAGACGAUUCGGGGCGGGCGGUGCAUGACAACGCGGCGGCAAUACUAAAUGUUACCUUAUAAGUGGCAUAUACGGCGUUUCGGGCCUAGAGCGUGG